AUGACCGAGGCCGAGACAAGGUAUCCCCAGAUGGAGAAGCUUGCCCUCGCCUUGGUCACCUCGGCACGAAGACUGAGACCGUACUUCCAAGCUCAUACCAUGACUGUGCUCACCAAUGUUCCCUUAAAGCAGGUUUUCCACAAGCCAGAAACAUCGGGACAUUUGAUGAAGUUGGCCGUAGAGUUGAGCGAGUACGAUAUCCAGUUCGAACCCCGAACGGCUAUAAAAGGGCAAGUUGUUGCAGACUUCAUAGCCGAGCUCGCUCUUCCAUCAGCUCAAACCUCCACACCCGAUCAGCCUUGGACGGUGUAUGUGGAUGGGUCUUCGAAUGAGAAAGGAUGUGGAGCAGGUGUGCUUCUCCUCGCCUCGGAUGACAUGCGCUUUGAAUACGCCCUACGCUUCAACUUUCGCACUUCAAAUAAUGAAGCCGGGUACGAAGCCUUGUUUGUCGGGCUACGCAUGGCCAAAGGGCUGGGGGCCACCCAUCUUCUUAUUUUCAGUGAUUCGCAACUGAUAGUGAAUCAAAUUAGGGAAGAUUAUCAGACAAAAGACCCUUGGAUGGAGAAGUAUCUGGGAAAGGUCAGAUCCCACCUUGCUUACUUCCAAACCUAUGAAAUUAGACAGAUUCCGAGGUUACAAAUUUCCAAUGCCGACGCCUUAGCUAAGUUAGCGUCACCAUACGAGACUGACCUGGCGAGGUCGGUCCCCGUGGAAAUUUUAGACAAUCCUUCUAUUUUGGAGUUGGAUAUGAUGGAGAUCGACUCUCAUCCCUCGUCGUGGAUGGAGCCAAUAAAAGACUUCCUGGGGGGAAAGGUUCCAGCAGACCCGAGGGAAACCAAGAAGAUGACGAGGAAAGCAGCUCGGUACUUGCUCCGAGAUGGAACCCUGUACCGGCGCGGCUUUUCCUUGCCCCUCCUUAAGUUUAUUUUCGAGGAAGAUGGACAUUAUGUUCUUAGGGAAGUUCAUGAGAGAGUCUGUGGUAACCAUUUGGGGGCUAGAUCUUUGUCGGCAAAGGUCAUUCGUCAAGGCUACUACUGGCCCACGAUGGAUCAAGAUGCAAAGGAGUUCGUGAAGGUCAAGUACGCAGUUGUGGCAGUAGAUUACUUCACCAAGUGGGCUGAGGCCGAAGCGCUCUCGACAAUUACGGAGGCUAGGGUCACAAACUUCAUUUGGACAAACGUUUUGUGCCGCUUCGGCAUACCUAAUGCCAUCGUGACAGAUAAUGGCAGGCAGUUUGACAAUGCCAAGUUCAAAGACUUUUGCCGCAAGCUCGGAAUUAGUCAUCUCUUCUCGUCCCCGGCUCAGCCUAAGGCCAACGGACAAGUGGAGGCGGUAAACAAGAUUAUCAAGCGCGGAAUCAAGUUAUGA